CAACAUAUACAUUAGUUUUUGUUUGUUCAGUAUUUGUUGAGCUAACUCUUGUCCUUAUCAUCAUGAAGAAUCAACGAAUAUUAAUCACUUUUCUAGGAAUGUUAUAUUUUAUAACAGUAAACAGCGGCAGUGCGGAUCUUGAAUCAAUCCCUCAGUCUGAUAAUGCGGUAAUUGCGGAAACUAAGACGAAUGAUGCAAAUGGAAUUAGCAGCAUUGGUGAUGUUUUGCAAGCAAUUAGGGAGGCAUUUACCAUCGACCUUGCAGUAAAAAAUAUUUCAGAGAGAAUUCCGUAUCAUACUUCACUAGCUGCUCAGUAUGGAACUUUAACAUCCGAAUCUGUGAAAUCAAUGGACAGGAAGUUAAAGGUUAUGAUUGCGGGAACUCACAGAAUGAUGAAACAGUUACAGCAGAGGGAGGAAUACAAAGACAAAGAAAUUCCGUUUGAGGAAUAUCUUUCUGUAAUGAACCAAAAUGUCUUCAUUAAAGCACAAGAAGGAAGCAGAUAUAGAAAUUCCGAUUAUUUGACCUUCGAAGAAACGAAUUGGUUCAAAUUCGAUGGAAGUCCUGAGAAAGCUAAAGUUUAUCAAGUACAAACAUGGUUUUCCAAUCUGAUCAGCGAUAUGGAUGUUGCAGCGGAAACACAAAUCAACAUUACUGAUUUCACAAACAUUGUUGCAGCUACUGGGGCUGCAGUAGAAGAUUUUAUUACAUUUUUUGUGGCUGCCGAAAAUAUCGAGCGUAGUAUAGUAGACAUGGGUAUUCUGCGAUAUCCGGACAUAGACAGACCCUAUUUCAAGUUAUUUCGCAUUCAGCUUCGUGCUUAUCGGAAAUGUGAUCGAAUAUUGGCAGCCCAGACAGACGAGAGUGGAAUCAAGGGAGUCUAUGACACUAUACAUUACGUUCCACGAAGAAAGCUUAUGCGUAAAAUGGGCAAAAAGAUAAUGGAAAAAGCCGUGAGAGAAGCUGAAGAUAUGUUUAACUGAUGUCAUUUAAUAAAGUUUUAGGCAAUAAAACGUCAUCAUAUAAA